GUUGGUAGAUAAUUGUAGAUUUUAAUGAGUAUGGUUCAGCUAUUGGAAUAUCAGCUGGCCUACUUGCUCAAGUUUUGGGGCACCUUGCCACAAAUUCUCGAUACUUUCCCAUUGGCUUUGAGAAAUGGCCGCACAUGCCUAAAGCAUUUAUCGACCGUGUUUUUACUGAAAUCCUAUUGCCUCAGUUUUUCUUUAGGAUUGAUCAAGAAAGAGCAAAGAGUCAUGUUGACAGUUCACUCAAUAAUAAGUGGAAGGAGUUCAGGCUAAAGCUAUGGCGUGCGGCGUGGGAUCCAUUAAAGAGUAAAGAAGAAAUCAUCAGGAAAGUUCCAACAGGCAUUCCCAUGGACCAAUGGGCAUUGUUUGCUAAUUAUCGCCUGAAAGAAGAAACACAGGCACUUUGCAAGAAGAAUCAACAGAGUCGACAACAACAAAAGAUUCCUCAUACCAGUGGGGCUAAGAGUUUAGCUAGAAUAAGGGCUGAGAUGGAAAACAUGGGAAAAGAAGUUGAUCGAGGCAAAGUGUGGAUUGAGACUCAUAGGAGGAAAGAUGGGAAUUAUGUGAAUGAUGCAGCUAGGGAGGUUGGGGAGAGAAUUGAAGAAAUUCGAAGUCAAAGAUCAGAAGGUCUCACAGAAAUUUCUCCUCAUGAUGCGCUUGGUGUGGUCUUUGGUCCGGAGCACCCUGGUCGAGUUCGAGGCUUAGGCAUGGGUAUUGUUCCAACUGUGGCAUUCAAUAAGACAUCAAGGCGAGGUGGUCGUUUUUAUAUGGGUUCGUCUAAUGCUAGCGCUCCACCUCCACAAUGGCAACAAGAGAUGGCGGAUAUGAGAUCACAAUUGAAUGCGCUAACAAACUUAUAUCGAAUGAACAUAGGGAAUAUCCCUGAGGAGUUUAAUCACUUAUUUCCGACUCCUCCACAGCAGGCACAGGAUUCAGGAAGCGCUCGGUCGCCAGUUGGACCAAGAAGAUUCUCUGAUAGAAGUAACUACGGCGAUAGAGCGAGCGGCAAUUAGUAAUCAUCUAGGAUCAAAACUACUACGGCGAUAGAGCGAGUGGCAAUUAGUAAUCAUCAUUAGGAUCAAAACUAUGUUUUUUGGGUAUUUUUGAUGAAUAACUUUGAAACUCUAGCUUGAAUUUGGAUGUAAUUUUGGGAUACUUUUGUUUUAGAUAUUGAAUAUUUUGUUGAUUUAAACCUUUCAAGUGUUAAAAUUA